GGAUGUGAUUGUUUCAUCCAAUUUUCAUUAUUGAAGAUGGAUUUUCUUUACUGUAUAUUUAUGUCACUCCCGAUGUUCGCCAAUGGGUUCAUUGUAAACGGUCCCUCUGAUCCUCUGGUUGUUUCUUUGGGAGGUUCAGUGGUUUUGCCAUGUUAUGUUGAUUCACUCUUACCAGCAGAGGACCUGAAGGUAGAAUGGAGAAGAUCAGACACAGAGACUCUUGUUCAUCUGUAUCAAGAUGGUGAGAGUCGACCAGAGGUCCAGCAGCAGGAUUAUCAUGAUAGAGCUCAUUUCUUUACUGACCAGAUUCAACAUGGAAACUUCUCCCUCCUGUUGAACAAUGUGACAGCUGAAGAUGAGGGACAAUACAGAUGUAAAGUUUUCAGUGAACAGGACUCUGGUGCAACUGUGGUUGAAAUAAAAUAUAAGCGUUUGAUAGUCUCGGGAUCAGAUCACUCCAUAUCUGCGUAUGCGGGUGAAGACGUCACUCUGAACUGCUCUGUGGACUCUCACAUCACACCUGAAGAGAUUGAAGAGCUUUCAUGGAAGAAAACAGAUAAAGAUGGAGAUAUUCUGGUCCUGCUCUACCAAAACAAUGAACCUUUACCCGAAUCAUCACAUGAGCAAUACAGAGACAGAGUUGAGUUCUUCACUGAUGAAAUCUCCAAAGGAAACUUCUCUCUCAGACUGAAGAGUGUCAGAACUGAAGAUAAAGGAGUUUAUAUGUGUCAAGUGUUUGCUGGAGGAGUUUCAGCCAAAACAACUGUAGUGCUUGAACAACUGGGUUUCUCUGCUUUACAUGUAAUGGUGCUGAUUUUUUGUAUUGCUGCAUCUGGAUCUGCACUUCUGCUCUGCAGUCGAAUCUACCACAGAUUACAUGACAGAGACCCCAGCAGAACAGUGUGGACUCUUCAGAUUGCUCUUAUCUUUUGUCCAAACAUCUGUAUGUUCUUUGCCUUCAUCUUCUGGGGUUUUACUGAGGGAUUUCCAAAUGAGACCAUCCCAUGCUGUGCUCUUUAUAUUCUGAGGCCUGUGAUGUUGUUGUGGGCUGUGCCUUAUUUACAUUACAUUAAAGUCAGUAAUAAAACACGUAUUAGUGUUUCACGUAUUGCAAGAGAAUUUGUUGUUUUAACAGUCGUCAUUUAUUCAGUUUUCUUUGUAUAUGCCUGGAAUAAGACUGCAAAUCAUCCAGCUAACGCACUUCACAUACUUUUGGUAUUUUUGGGGGGAUAUAUACUGCUAUUGUGUCUCCUCAUCUUCAAUGGAGGGUUUGGAUGCAAAAAAGAAACUAUGUUGGAGAUACUGGCUCUGUGUUGGAUCAUCUUGCCUCCUUUACAGUCAUUUUAUGUGAAAUCUUCAUUAGAAACUGACAUUGAGGGCCAUCUAUAUGUUAUAGCUGUUCAAGUGCUACCAGUUCGGUUUAUAUUAUAUCUUCAUGCAACAUCUAGCUAAGGUGUAUAAUGUUAAUAUUAGUUCUUCUGGAUAUCAGUAUGACGAUGUUUGUUCAUCACAGCAUUUUGGAAAUGGAGAAAGACAUUGUUGGAUGGACAUGUGUCUUCUUUUUUCUGCAAGUCCUGCGGAUGAUGGCAUUCUUUGAAGACUGUGGAUACAUUUUUUACGAGGCUGGAACUUCAGGAGAACGACAAAGACAACAGACUGAGAUGAAUCAACAAGGAUCAAAUCUGUUGUCUCUCUGUAAUGUGUUCAUGUACAUGUUUGGAGCAGUUGGUCUGAUUUUGUUGAACUCUUUUACACUGACAGCAGAACUGAUACUGAAUACAAAUGGUCAACGUGUAGUGAAGGACAUGAGAGUCAUUGUAUUUCCAUCUGAAUGUGUUUUUGUCCUGUAUUGGUUCGUGUGUAUUUUCUCCAUUUGUCUGAAGACAGAGAGUGAGUCAGCUUCACGGAUGGAGUUGGGAAGUUCAUUCCACCAACGUGGUAUGAUGAAACUGAGAGUCCGGGAAAGUGUUUUGGUGCCUCUUUGUGUUGGUACAACAAGGUGACGUUUCUUAGCCGACCGCAGGCUUCUGGCAGGAGUGUAGAUCUGCAUAAGUGAUUUUAGGGAACUCAAGAAAACCUGAAUCUGUAAACGAUGGAAAUGAAAAGAUGAAUCUCUCAGAAGAUGACUCUGACAAAAAAGCUAACUGAGAGCUGUAAAAUGUUCAUGUUUAUUUUGUUAUUAAUUAUCAUCAGUAUAUAUUCAUAAUCAUUUAGUAGCAUUAUUGAUCAUUUGCAUUACAUUAUUACUUAUGCUUUCAUAUUAUGUUGUCUAAUAUGCAUGCCUAAAAUCUAGUGUAAGUCAAAGUUAUAUAAGUCUUUUAUGUAAGUCUUAUAUAAGUUGCAUACACUUGUAUUGUUUGAACGUAAAUUUACUGAGAAAAUUUUCAGAUACAUGUUUUUCAAAUUAUGAGGGGAGGGAAAGUAAAGUGGGCUGUUUAAACAAUGGAGAAGUUUAGUUUUUUCCUAUGGUUGUACUUAAAUAUGCCUUGUACAGUUGACUGAGAAAGACCAAGCAAGGCAAGAAGACCAUCCAAAGACGCCAUUCUCCAAUUGAAAGUUUACUUUCUCUCCUAUGUUUGAUGACUAAAAAUGAUUAGAUUUGUUUUAUUUCUUAUAAAGGAACAGGUGUUUGGCUCUGUGACUGGGACAAAUAUGUACUGUAAAUGUAAAGUCUUCAGAGCAAAGACUAUAGUUUUGCAUUUGUAAAGCAGAAUGUGCCAUGAAAUGCUGUGGCUUUUUCUUAAAAAUGCUAUUAUGAUGAUUGAGUCAUUUCAA